ACCAUUGCCAAUCAAAACAAUCUAACCUAGUGCAGGUGCAAAGGCGAAAUUCCGCCGAAUUGAGAGAUUUUCUAAGUGCACCGACUCCUGGUUCACCAUACGAACAAUGCCAUACCCAGAAUCACCCUUCGGGGACGAUUUCGAUGAGAGAAUCCUCGUCCAGAGAGUCGAUGACGACGAAACAAACGUCAAUGAGAUUCAAAUUGGGGAGAUCACGAAAUGGCUCUGUGAAGCGCCGAAAAUAACUUCUUUUAGGGUAAACACUCUCAAGGCCGACGUGGGRGAGAUACACAGAUAUAUUGAGGCAUAUAUUGCAGAUGCAGGGCAGAACCUCCACGUUGAAAAACACCCCAGCUGUGAAGAUGCCAUUAUUGUACACCACACUGUAUCAAACCAAAUUCUCAAAAAAUACAAUAAAGAAAUUAUUAUUGAUGCGGURUGUGGGGCUGCUGUUUUACGAGGGGCACACAUUUAUGCCCCAGGAGUUAUAGGAAUGAUGACAAAUAUACAAGUUGGUGAUAAUGUCAGCAUUUAUGUUGAUUUCGAAAAAAAUAAGUGUAAAAAAGGUUUUCUGAAACUGUAUGAAGGGAAGAAAAUCUUCAUCGGGAAUGGUGAAGUAAUUCUGGGACGWCAUCAAUUGUUUUGCGAGGCACCUCAAACUGGUAUCGCUGUGAAAAUGAUUGAAACAAUAUCAAACUGCCCUCCUUUGUUAGGCGAUAACUUUUUACCCCCAGGUGUAGCAUUAUUACAAAAUCUACCCUCCAUAGUUUGUAUACACGUUCUUGCUCCUGGUUCCAAUGACGUUAUCUUAGAUAUGUGUGCUUCCCCGGGAAACAAAACGACGCAUAUUGCAGCCCUUCUCCAAAAUCAAGGCAAAUUAAUCGCAAUCGAUAAAACUCCCAGCAAAGUUAGACAGUUGAAGCAGCGUUGUGAACUUUUCGGUGCUAACGUUGAAGUUUUACAAGCCGAUUCUACCAAAUUGAUUAAAGAAAAUCGAUUCAGCAGUGAAUUUUUUGAUAAAAUUUUAUUAGACGCCCCUUGCAGCGCCUUGGGAAAAAGACCACAACUAAUUAAUACAACGUCGCGGAAAAUUCUGCGAUCCUAUGUUCCUUUACAACGAAAAUUAUUUGAAACCGCCGUCCAACUUUUGAAAACGAAUGGAAUCCUAGUCUACAGCACUUGUACCAUUACUUUAGCCGAAAACGAAGGAAUUGUAGCUUGGGCUUUAAGAAAUUUCAACCUCGAAUUGAUGGAAGCAACACCGAUUCUAGCUGGUCCCGGUUGGGAAGGGACACAAUUAACUAACGAACAACUGAAAAAAGUCCAGCGUUUUGGUCCCCAGCAAUCCAUAGACUCUGUAGGUUUUUUUAUAGCAAAAUUUGUGAAAGUAAAAUAAAUGUUUUAA